AGCAGCUGCUCCCCUCAGAAACAGGAACUUGGGCAAGGUGGCUCCUCGGUCCUCUGUGAUGCCGUCAGAGGAAGCGGGUGGUUGUAAGAACCACAGAGUUUAUAGAUGAAGCCAGCACUCUAAGAACCUGCGCCUGCGUGUCUGAUAGCUCAGAGCCCUGACCCUUCUUGUCUGGCUGGCGGUACUGGGGAGGGCCGUCCAGUCCAAGACUACUGAGGAGCACACAGGGCUUCUGUCCUGAGGCCAGCGUACAAACUGCCAACCACAGACAGAUGCUGAGCUUCCCAAGCCGACUCCAAGAACCUCUCUGAAGAUCCUCCAGAAGGCCCUAACUGAAGCAUGCGUUUUAGCUGAGUGUCGUCCCCAAGCCUCUGAGUACGAGACGCUGCAUCUCUUUCAGAUUUGUCUCAGCAAUGCGCUUCUGAGAGUUCUGUAGAGGAAUCAUGGGAAGUCUGCCCAGCAGAAGGAAAAUGCUGCCAAGCCCAAGUGUGAGUCCCAGUGUCCAAGGCCAGGAACCUGGGCCCUUGCAAGCAGAGAGGUGCAAGGCCACAGCUGUGGCCCUGGGCGGUUUCCCUGCAGGCGGCCACACUGAGCUGUCUCUGAGACUGGGAGAACCAUUGACCAUCAUCUCUGAGGAUGGAGACUGGUGGACGGUGCUGUCACAAGUCUCAGGCAGAGAGUACAGAGUCCCUAGCGUGCAUGUGGCCAAAAUCUUCCACGGGUGGCUGUAUGAGGGCCUGAGCCGGGAGAAAGCUGAGGAACUGCUAUUGCUGCCCGGAAACCCUGGAGGGGCCUUCCUCGUCCGGGAGAGCCAGAGCAGGAGAGGCUGCUACUCCCUGUCAGUCCGACUCAGCCGCCCCGCAUCUUGGGACCGGGUCAGACACUACAGGAUCCAGCGCCUUGACAACGGCUGGGUGUACAUCUCCCCUCGUUUCACCUUCCCCUCACUCCAGGACCUGGUGGACCAUUACUCAGAGCUGGCGGAUGACAUCUGUUGUGUCCUCAAGGAGCCUUGUGCUCUGCAGAGAUACAGCCCACUCCCUGUCAAGAACAUACCCCCACCUGUGACCGUGCAGAGAAUAUCACUCAACUGGAAAGAACUGGACAGCUCCCUCCUGUUUUCUGAAGCACCUACCACUGGGGAGGCCUCUCUUCUCAGUGAGGGGCUCCGGGAGUCCCUCAGCUCCUACAUCAGCCUAACUGAGGAUGUCUCCUUGGAUGAUGCCAAGGUCAGAAGCAGAGGUCGGAGGGGGAACCAAGGCUGUGGCACCUAGAAGACCAUGGUGUGUCGCGAGGCUUGGGACACAAGUGCAUCCAGGGAUCCACAUGGACCCUCUGCUUCUUUCUCUUGGCCCUAAGAAGUCACUGAUCUCAUCCCCUGGCUAUGACCCUGCCUGCAGCUUCUAUUUAGAAUGCAGGGCAGUUGGGAGCAGGAUCAGGGCUCCAAGAAAAUAAACUACCACUGGGAUCUGUCGGGUCCUGAUUUUGACAAUUCCAGUUCUAUGUGAAUCCCAUUCUACAUGCUGUUAACCAGCCCUAUUUACAAUGUAUCAGUCACCACUAACAUAGAGGAGGGAAAAAGAUCAUAUUAGAACACCAAUGUACUUUCUUACCUUGGCAAACAGGACUGCGACCCAGAAGGAAAAGGCUGGUGGCUGAUCACAGCAGCAAAUCCUGGGUUUUUAGCUUCCACCUGACUCUCAGAACAAGUAGGACCACUGUCAAUCCAGGUCCUCAAAUGUCACCUGCAAGCCCCUUCUCUGUACAGUCCCAGCUUUCAGUUGUCCAUUCUGUAGCUUAUUCAAAACCAACCAAGUUCUCCCAAUCUCCCCAGCCUAGUCAUCUUGUGGCCAAAUACAAAGUGAACCUCCCCCCUCCCCAAUCAUCUCAUUGUGUAGCUCAGGUUUGUAUCUUGCCUUGGCCUCCCAAGAUUAUAGGUUUGCAUCACUGCAACUGGCUCAAAGUAACACUGGUUGAGCCUAACAUGCUGUAGAUGAGCACAGAGCCAAAGAGCACAGUGUGCAGUAUGUGGGCAUAAGAAGGUAGUGAGCCCUCUCCCCACAACACACCUGAGCACAGCCUGCACCAACUACACCCUGACUUCCCUGCUGCCCGCAAGAGGAAGGCUUGGCUGCAGAGCAGAAAGAAAAAGGGAGCAGAAAGAAAAAGGAGCUGUCUCCUCCGAUACUCCUCCGAGGCUUCAGGUGAGGUAGGGAAGGGUUUAUCAGGUACCAUCAGCAGGUUCUCAUUAAAGAUUUGUUUAUUCAAGUA